AAGCUUGUUCCGCGGUGCCUAGCAACGGGGUUAAGUGGGAUUCCAUUCAGUCGGAUAUACUGGCGACCUCACCAUUUACCAAGAACAGACUUUUGGCACCUGGCUUGUUAGUUUUUUUGGGGUGCAGAGAUCCCGGAUCAGCUCUAUACUCCAGUCAGAGGGUCCAGCGGAGAGCAUCCGCUUGCCCUUGCUGAUGAGCUCCCGCGGGAGACACAACUGAAAUCACCUUCACUGCAGCAGGAAACAGGCUGGGAGCUCAACAGUCUGCACGACCUUCUCUGACCUUACUAAAGCCCUCGUCUCUGUCUGCUGGGGAGCUCCGAGGAGGCCCUGCUCCUUGACACUGGUCCCUUUCUGCAUAGACAGCGAGCAGUGAUUCGCGGUGACAGGCCCACCCAGAACCCCUCUGAAAUCAAGACAGGAGAUCAGGAGGGCGUCACACCCCGCUCUGACCUGGACAUUUUCUACCACGACGUUACACCGUAUCAGCAGCAAGCCCGGAUCUGGAGCUGGAAGAAAGCAGAGGUUAACCUUAGCAGACAGAACACUGCACCCUCCGUCACGGACUUCCAGCACGCCGAUAAUGUAGUUCGCAUUCGUUUAGAAAUUCGGUGUGCGUCUUACUUAAGCUACUCGAGAUUUUUUCACAAAGGAAAAAUCUGUUUUUGGUCAGUUAGAGCGGAGCCCAUCAGGGAACGCAUCUUCAGACAAGCGGAACCUUCUGUCAGCAGUCUGUGUGCCCCGCACGGCCCCGCCAGUGCCGCCCAGUCCUGCGGCUCUGCCCUGACCUGCAGCUGCGGCGGAGAUGAGCGUCUACAGGCUGGCGCUGAGCAAUGCGAGUCCGGCGGCCUUCGUGGGGCACGGCUGCAGGCUCCGGGUGCAGCCGCUGUCCAGCAGCCCAGCGCCGGUCAUUGCAGCCAAACAGCCCUACAAGGUGGAGCUGAAGGCAGGGAAACGAUACUCCUGGUGCUCCUGUGGCCACAGCAAGAACCAGCCCUUCUGCGACGGGACUCACAAGCAGCUGGCGCCUGGCCUGGCGCCCCUUCGCUUCACCGCGGAGCAGGAUGCCACCGCCUGGCUGUGUGGCUGCAAGCAGACAGCCCGCCCCCCGUUCUGCGACGGGACUCACAAGCUGGACUUCGUGCAGCAGGCCGAGAUCCCCCCCCCCGAGCCGCUGUGAGGCGGAGAGGACGUCCAGCCCCGGGAAUCGGGCGUCCUGCCGCUGAGGGGUCAACAAGCCUCAGGCUCCGGGUACAGCUGUGCAGGCUGCCCUGUGCUGGAAUCUCUCCUACACAGCUUAAAUCAGCCGUCUGCUGCGCUAACAGGGGUGGCAGACAGGUGUCUCAAUACUGAAUUCAGUUUUUAAAGAAUGUUAAGAUUGUCACUGUAAAAAAAACAGACUGUUCUUGGCCGACUGUAGAGAUGUUUCAGGUCUGCUGUAAAGUUAUUCUCUGCAAUGAAAGUGUUCAAUACAUGUGA